AGCUUCAACCCUUCCAGUCUCUGCCCUUCUCGUCGCUGUCAGCCGAGCCCUUCGCUAUGGGGGGACACCCGGGGGUGGCCUUGGCCCAGCCCUUUGCUGGGGCUUGUGCCCUUCUGGAAUGGGACCAGUUGGCUGGACGCUUCCGAGCUCCCACCAUCAUCAACGGCACGUCCCCGGUGGCCUGCCACCCGCUGCCCCUCGGUGGCACCCUGGUGCUGGUGGUGGCCCAGCUCAGCGGUGGCUCCUCCGUGUGGCGCCGCUCCGGUGGUCCCGGCUCCCGCUUCAUCCGGCUCCAGGCUUUGGGAAGCGGCCGCUUGAGACGUCCCCACGCGGUGGCCAGCGCCCGCCUUGGUGGCCAAUGGUACCUGGGGGUGGCCGAUAGCUCCAAAGGGGGCACCAGCACCCUCUUUAGAUGGGGUGGCCGCGGCUUCUAUCCCCACCAAGCCCUUCGGCCGUGGCAUCGGGACACCCACUUGGAGUUCUUGGAGUUAGGGGGAAGACCGGCUCUGGUGGUCUGCAGUGGGACCAGGAGGCCCUUGGUCUAUAGGUGGAGUGGGGUGGCCUUCACCCCCCACACGGACAUCCCCCACGUGCCUGAUGUCUACGCGGCCAAGCACUUCAGGAUGAGGGGACACGUGUUCCUCUGCUUGACAAGGUUCCUCGGGGACGCCAAGGUGAUGCGCUGGGAAGGCUCCAUGUUCCGGGAGGUGCAGCAGGUCCCAGCACGUGGCUCCAUGGUCUUCCAACCCCUGGCUUUGGCCGGUCAACGCUACGUCCUCCUGGGCAAUGACUAUGCCCCGAGCCGUGUCUAUCGCCUUGGUCCUGGUGGCCACCUCGAGCCCAUCCAGGAGCUCCUGGCCCCAUCUCCUCGCUCCUUCGCACCCAUCUCCUUGGGUGACCAGCACUUCCUGGUGGCCUCCAGCUUCAAAGGGGCCACCCAGAUCUACCAGCACGUCACCAUUGACCUGGGUACUUGAGGGACACCAAAGACACCCCAUGGUGGUGGUGGGGGGGUGAGGGCCACCAAGCUACCAGGUACCUGAUGUCGCCCAAGGACACCGUUGGUCCCAUGUCCAUUGGCCACCGUUGACCACCCAUGUCAUCUCCUGGUGCCACCAAAUGUCCCCAAAGCCACCACUGACACCAUGUCCCCAAGGCCACCAUCAACCCAAUGUCACCGUUGGCCCCACGUCACCUCCUGGUGCCACCAUCAAGCCAAUGUCACCAUUGGCCCCAUGUCACCAUUGGCCACCAUCCACCCAAUGUCACCACCAACCUCAUCUCACCUCCUACUUCCACCCCCUCUUGCUUUUGUCCCCUCUUGUCCCCUGAUGCCACCACCCCCCAAUAACCAAAAUGUCCCCAAACAUCCCCUUUUAAACCAUCAUUUUUAUUCA